AUGUCAAGUCCCGCCAAAAAUGUAUUAGUUAAAUUAAUAGUGGGGGCAGGUCAAGCAGCUCCAUCACCCCCGGUUGGACCAGCUUUAGGUUCCAAAGGUAUCAAAGCCAUGGAUUUUUGUAAAGAAUUUAAUGCAAGAUCAGCGAAUUAUAAACCUGGUGUACCGAUUCCUGUGUUAAUUACUAUAAAACCUGAUAGAUCUUUCCAAUUUGAAAUGAAAUCUCCACCUACUGGCUAUCUCUUGUUAAAAGCUAUUGGGAAGGAGAAGGGUCAUGGACAACCUGAUAUUAGAAAUAAGGAUAGGAUUAUUGGUGAAUUAUCGUUGAAACAUAUUUAUGAAAUUGCAAAGAUAAAACAGACUGAUGAAAGACACGCUUUAUUGGAGACUAAGGGGAUAGUAACGUCUAUAAUCGGUGUGGCAAAAAGUAUGGGAAUUAAAGUUAUCCCUUGA